AUGGACAUUUCACAACUGAAGCUUCCGUUCAAUGCGAGCACAAUGAAGCGACCAUUGACGAGUUGUCUGGCGGCACGGCCUCUAUUCCUCCCCGGCGAGGCUGUAGCGCCUAAACACGCUUUCUGGAAAGCACGAUGUCUGUCUCAAACGAGCAUACGAUGGGAGGACGAUAAGCCCAAGCGAGUACAGGCACGGCCAAAGACGGAGUCGUUGCUCGAAAACAUCUACGGCUCCUCGCAGACGGCCCGCGGCAAAAGCUCGCAGCAGCCGAACGCCAUGUCGGACCUAUCGCAGAGCAUGGUCUUUCAGGCCCUCAACAAAUCGAAUAUCGAUACGAGCGCGCUCUCGGGCAAGCCUGUCCCACCUGCACAAGCCAAGGAAGAUGAGUUGGAACCAUAUCACUUUCAUAUUUUUUCCCACAAGCACAACACACACAUCACCUGCUCCAAACCUAACCGAGAGCCCAUCAUAUCCAUGUCCUGCGGCAAUAUUGGCUUCAAGAAGUCACGACGGGGGACCUUCGACUCGGCUUAUUCAUUGACGAAAUAUGUGCUGGAGCGACUCAUCCACACAGGGUGGCCCAUGAAGAUCAGGCGCUUGGAACUGGUGCUGCGAGGAUUUGGGCAGGGGCGAGAGGCAGCGGUCAAAGUUUUGAUGAGCCCCGAGGGCAAGGUCUUUCGCGACAAGAUUGUACGCGUUGCCGACUCCACACGCAUCAAGUUUGGAGGAACGAGAAGCGAGAAGCCGCGGCGUCUAUAG